AUGACUGUCGGAUGUGCUACUGGUGAUGACAUUAUCUCUAAAUGGCUUGCAUGGGAUAAGAAUGAGAAGACUAGAAACGAAAUUCAAGCCUUAGUUAAUGCUAAGGACUGCACUGCUCUGAAGGCUCGAAUGAUGGGGAAACUUGCUUUCGGAACAGCUGGUAUUCGUGCACCUAUGGAAGCAGGCUUUGCUCGUUUAAACGAUUUAACCAUCAUCCAGGUCACCCACGGCUUUGCUAGAUAUAUAAACACUGUCGUCAGUGAUACUUCCGGAGGAGUCGUAAUUGGAUAUGACGGCCGUCACAACAGUAGAAGAUUUGCUCAACUAGCAGCCAACGUGUUCAUUCAAAACAAUAUCCCAGUAUAUCUUUUUGACAAGGUUACUCCAACCCCUGUAGUAUCUUGGGCUGUUGUUAACCUCAAAUGUGUUGCUGGUUUGAUUAUCACUGCAUCACAUAACCCCAAAGAGGAUAAUGGUUAUAAGGCUUACUGGAACAAUGGAGCUCAAAUUAUUGGGCCUCAUGAUAUUGAAAUUAUGAAAAUCGUCGAAGCUGAGCCAGAGCCAAAAGCUGAAUAUUGGGAUCUUGACUUAUUGAAAACUCCAUUGUUAAAGGAUGCUGAACCAGCAAUCAACGCCUAUUUCGCUUCUGAGGAGAAUUUAUGCUUCAACAGAGAUAUUAAUCAACAAACUCCACUCAAGUUCACUUAUUCUGCAUUCCAUGGAGUUGGUUAUCUUUUCACCAAGAGAAUGUUCGAAGUUUUCGGUUUCCCCGAGAGCAGUUUCAUCUCUGUAGCUGAACAACAAGAACCCAACCCAGAUUUCCCUACCAUUCCCUUCCCAAAUCCAGAAGAAGGACGCAAAGUUUUGACACUUUCGUUUGAAACUGCUGAUAAGAAUGGUUCAACAGUGAUUCUUGCCAACGAUCCAGACGCCGACCGUAUCCAGCUCGCUGAGAAACAACAAGAUGGUGAAUGGAGAGUAUUCACUGGAAAUGAAAUGGGAGCUCUAAUCACUUGGUGGAUCUGGCACAACUGGAGACUUCAACACCCAGACGAAGAUGCCUCCAACGUUUAUAUGCUCAACAGUGCUGUUUCAUCUCAAAUCGUCAAAACUAUUGCUGAGAAAGAAGGUUUCAAGAGCGAUGUCACUUUGACUGGUUUCAAAUGGAUGGGAAAUAAAGCUGAUGAGCUCCGUCAGCAAGGAAACAAAGUUAUCUUAGCCUGGGAGGAAAGCAUUGGCUUCAUGCCUGGUCAGACCAUGGACAAAGAUGGAGUCAGUUCUGCCGCAGUUUUUGCCGAAAUCGCUGCUGUUCUACAUACACAAGGCUUGAGCUUAACCGACAAGUUAUUCCAACUGUAUGAGAAGUACGGUUUCCAUUUGGUUCGUUCAACCUAUUGGUUCAUCCCUGAUGCUGAUGCACGCACCAGACUAUUCGGGACUCUCCGUGAAAACUUGAAGUACCCUGAACAUAUCGGAAAAGAGAAAGUGAAGUACGUACGUGAUUUGACCAUUGGACAUGACAACUCUCAACCUGAGAACAAACCUUUAUUGCCAAUUUCUACUUCAUCUGAAAUGAUUACUUUCACUUUGGCCAAUGGAAGCAUCGCUACCUUAAGAGCAUCUGGAACCGAACCAAAAAUCAAAUAUUACAUUGAACUUAUCACACCUGCCGGAAAGAAACAAAGUGAACUAGACUCCGUCUUGGAAGAGCUGGAGCAAUUGGAAAAGGAUGUUGUUGCAACUCUUCUCCGUCCUGAACAAUUUGGAUUGAUUCCAAGAAAAUAA